AUGAAGAAAACACUCGUGUAUUAUAGGGGAAGAGCUCCACAGGGAAUAAGGACCGAUUGGGUAAUGCAUGAAUAUAGACUCGACGACAAGGAGUGGGAGGACACUUCCGGUCUCCAGGACUCGUAUGCAUUAUGCCGUGUUUUCAAGAAAAACGGACUGUCCUCAGAAAUCGAGGAUCACGUCCAAUCGAGCAACGUGUUGUUGCUCGAUUACAUGCAAGGAGUCAACAACGAGCACGAGUCAAUGUCACCCGACUUCCCUUUGGCAUCAUCUUCCAACAAUAGAUGUAAUGAAGAAGAAGAUAAAGAUGACAAGGAUGAGUCAUGGAUGCAGUUUAUUACAGAUGAUGUUUGGUGUUCAUCCAGCACAAACUUUGCUGGUGAUGAAGUUUCUCAGCUGACCUUCACGAACUAA